UGUAUCACAAAGCACUGGAGGGGCACCAACAAAGCACUAGAGGGACAUUGGGCCAAAUGUCACAUCCAUAUGGUCCCCUCUGUUUUGACACAACUCUUCUGGACUACAACUAGGCCAGGAGAAGACUUUUAUGUCUCUGCUUUGUUAUGGGGUCCAAUCUUUGAAUAUUCAGUGCCCGGACCUUUCUUCUGUGGCACUGUAACCUUCUGGGGGUGUUGCUACGACAGAGGAGAUGGCCCUGAAUGACCUCUCUUGCCUCUAUUACAGUCUCAGGAAAACUCUCUCCUGUGACCAACCCUCUCAGAUCAAGUGGACCCCAAUUAGGACCUUCCUUGCCUGGUGUCGCUAACGCCAACUGAAGGAGACCAGGUUCGGCAAAGUAGAGUAGAAACUUUAUUGGUUAAUCAAGGGAUGGGGAAAGGAAAGAUCGUGCUCUAAAGAUUCCUUCUGAGGGGGUAAGGGGAAGGACCUGGGAAACUUUAAAAGAGGUGAGAGGUGGUAGCCAGCGGCAUUCUGGGAAAGGGGUGGUGAAUUUUGCAAACAGCCGGAGCAUGCGCAGGCCUUUGGGCGCCUUUGCACUUGGCACUGUGGGGCCUAGCAGGGCAAGUGCCGUGUGGGCAGAGAUCGUAGCCUAGUAAUUAGGCAGAGGCAGCUUUUGAUUGCUUUUGAGUCUCAUCUGCCCAGGUGACCGUCGUGGUCAGACUGGAACCCAUUCAGGUCUAUGAUUUGUGAAUAUGCCUGUUAAUAAAUCACCUGUGAUAAAUAAAUCUGGAGUAGGACCUUCCUCUUAUCGUGAAAAAUCCAAGCUACAAUAUUCAAUCACAAAAGAAUUCAUCUUGAGAUUCAAUCAAACAAAAAAUCCCAAAGAGGAGGAAGAAUUACUGGACAUAGCUAGAAAAAACCUUAUCAAAUGUAAGAGGAAAUUGGGUCUCAAAACCUUAGGUACUGGGAAGAAUGUUCAUCUUCCUACUGCAUGGACAGAAGUAAUAUAUCUGGCUCAGUGCAAAGGAGAAAUCCAAGAUGAAGCUUUAAAUAUGCUUUAUGCUUCCCUGGAUCAUGCUUCCUUUGAUUAUGAUCAUCUGCCUGCCUUAUUUUUUCUUGCGGAAUCAGUUUUAUAUAGACUCUGUUGUGAUGCAUUUCUAAAGCCUUACUUAUACUCGGUUGAAAUAAAGCUGGCAAAGGUUGGCUAUUUGGUCUUCUUACGACUUUAUAUAUAUUUCCUUCACGGUCACCUGGAAAGUUUUAAACAACAUUUACUUAGGCUUCAACCAUAUUUAUACGCACUUUCUUUCUCUGGAGAAUUAUAUUGCAAGUAUCCAAACGUCUUUUCGAAUGUUCGGUACAUUCUGAAAAUCAUGAAAGUUAUAUAUAAAAGAGAACUCCGUUUUGAAUCAGUUUUUGGCCCUGCAGAAAACAAGAAGAGAUAUAAGCAUGUAGAUUCUGAGAUGGACCAUUUGCAGCUUAAUCAGGAAGGAUAUGAAAUCACCCCCCUGCUCUGGCACUGUGUUGCUGCCUGGACUUGUGUUCAGAAGAAUCGUCCUCAGUUGAAUAAGGUUCUUGAACAUCUCAUCUUUCAUAAAACACAGCUUCAAAAGAAAUGCUGGUUGGAUUCAGCAAUGGCUUUGUUGGUCCUUGGGGAGGCUGCCAAAUUAAACAUAGCCUGUUUGAAAGCUUUAAUGGACCUAAUGAAAGAUUUUCUUUUAAGCGUCAUGUCGGUUCAGAAUCAGGAAGAAAGCUGCAAGGUAGAUUUUUCCUGGGCCUGGAAUGUAGUCUUCAUAUAUAUAACAAUUCUUGCAGAAAUCUGCUUGUAUGCAGCCAAUUCUUAUUUGCGAAAAACUGCUUUAGUUGGUUUCUGCGACUGUGGAAGUUCACAAAAAGAUAUUUUACCUCUGGACAAAUCAGAACAACAGCCAGAAUUGAGGGAAACAAGUAUUUUAGGUCUUUUGGAAUAUUUUUCUUCAAAAACAUCAGAUAAUUGUGAUCAAGUGAAAUGGACUGGAUCCUAUGGCAUAGUGUAUAACCUGGUGAAAAUGUUAUGGGAACUUCAGGGAGAUAAAGAGCAGGAUGGGCUUAGAAACAAAAUAUGGCAAAUGUUGCAGAAAAUGAAGGAGCAUGAGAAAGAUGGGCGAAUCUGUAAUGCAGUAAAUAUUGCUCAGGCCGAGAUAAAUGACCCAACUGAUCCUUUCAGCAAGCAUAGUACAAAAGUUCCAUUAAAUGUAGGAGAUGAAAAUUUCGCCAAAUAUAUAGGAUGGAGAAUUGCCAACACACUCUCCAAACUCUUCUUCCCUGAUGCCUGUGUUCUUCCUUUGCAAAAACCAUUGCUAAGACGGAACCACAGGAAGUAUCUAAAUAAAAGGCAGGAUUCCAUGAAGAGAGUUCUGCAUUUUACUUUAAGCAUCUUAAGGUCUAAUACUUCACAUCGUCCAUGAGAAACUAGAACACAGCCCAAACAAGUCAACCAGACUACACCAAAAUGUUCUUGCCUAGGACUGCAGUGAAAUCAGAAGCCUCAAAUCAGGUUCCAAAUGCUCUCCAAACAGGCCCCAGAUUUCUGCAGUAUGGAACCCAGUGGAGGAUUGCAAUGACUGGGAGGGAUUGAUGGAAGGUACCAAUAAGGAGGAUGAACGAUGGUGCCAUGAAUUGUAUGAAAAUUGUGUGACACAUCUGUUGCCUGCAUGUCUUCAUUAUCUCCAAACUAUAUUGCUGCUGCAUUUCUAGAAUUUCUGCAUUUGUUUAUAAAUUCAGUGUGUGCUACAUAUCUUUUUCCUCCCAAACUUAAUUUUCACAUUAUAAAUUCCCUUUUCCUUGUUUUUUUUUUCUUUCUUUCUUUCAUCUUCCACUUCCUUCUUAAAUAGGUGCAUCUAUAUCCAACACUUAUCAUGCCUUGUAUCUUUAGUAAAUUGUCAUAACCAUUUAUCAUUCUGAAUGGCUUCCACUUUCAACACCAACUCUGUCACUGUAGUAUAAGAUCAGUAAUUGCUAAGCAUCCAUCAUAUCUGAUGUGAUAAGUCACUUGAUUGUUGGCUGUUCACAAUAGUUCAGUAACCUGAGUCUUGUCGAGCUAGAACUAAUGUCUUCCAGUGUUUUUGCUUGUUUGUUUUGUUUUGUUUUGUUUUACUACAUCAGGAUAUUCAAAGGAAAAGUCUCCUUUCACAUUGUAAUUUUACUAAACUAUUUAUACAAGCAAACCAGUAUUGUCAUACAGAAGUCAAAGCACGGCUGCUUGAUAAAUCAGCUACCUAUUAGCACAGUGAUAUCUGGCAAAGAGAGUCUGCAAUAAGUGAAUCAUAGCCCCCCACCCCGCAAAAAUAAGUCUCAUAUGAUGCUUUCAUAAGCUUCUUCUUCUCUCUGGGCUAUAAACAGCACAUGUUGCAGCCAGCAGUGAUUUCCAGGAGUCUUUCUGCAAAGGCCAAGCAUUAAAAAAAAAUGACAUACUCAUCCUCACAAAUUCUGAAAUGCCUAUGGAUCUAUAAUGUUCACCUUCUGGCCACAGAUAAAACAUAAGGAGGACAAUAAGCAGUGAAUUCCAUCUGGUGCUCAGACAACAUACCUGGCGGGACCAUAUCUGGUUGGAAGAGAAGAGCCUAGGAAGUGACACAGCUUGGGCAGGGUCAUUAACCCCCACUGGGAACCUGGGCUAUCACCUCUUUGUUUAUAUCUGCAUAUUGAUCUCUGAGGCAUUUUUGACAAGUGUGAGUUGACUUAACCCAGACCGACUCCUUUCCAGGUUUAUUUUCAGCCUAUCUCUAUAGCACAGCCCUGGAUGGGGAGGGAAGGAGGGAGCCAUGGAAGUGGCGGCAGGAACAGCAGCCCAGACAACUGAACAGGCCCAGGCAUCUUAAGUCUACCAGCAAGACCCUCCGCUUCAUUUAGAUAAGCUACAACAUCUCUCUAUUCACCCAGCUGUCCUCAGCCAUCGCAGAGCACUUUGCUGGCACUGAAGGACAAGCAUACCUGUGACAAGUGCAGGUGCAUAAAUGGCAAAUAAAAUAAUUCACAGGUUCCUUUAUCCCCCCUCCUGUUCUAUUCCAUGUACUACUCUAUUAAUAAUCCCAAUGUUAUAAAAAUCUCUCCCUCUUGAUUCUAAUAUAUCCAUUGAUAUAACACUUGAGUCUAGAUAAGACUGGUGAGUAGUAGUAUUACUCUGAAUUCUUUCACUCCUGGCUCAGUCAUGUUAGCCUUGAAUUUCCAAGUUUUAUUGCCACUAGGUUAGAUAUGUUCGGGAAUAUGACAAAGUGAUAGGCCUACAGUUGGGGUCAUUUGUUUGGAAGAUAUGAAAAAGAAACUUUUUUUGGGGGGGGUAUAUAUACACGGAACACUAUUUAGGAAAGAAUAUACUUAAAUGAAAAGAAGCACUAAAGGAUUUUUCAAGAGGGCAUUUUUCUUUCUUUCCUUUCUAUUGUCAAGGAUGCGGCUAAUCUAACCAUGGCUCAGUGGUGUUUCCAAUCAUCAGAAAUGGAAAUUCCUCAGUAGUUCGUAUGCGCUAUUGCUGAGCAAGUCUCACCAGCAGAAAGCUGUUCCAUCUCUUUCCCCGUUAAUUGUGGCUGUAUGUUACCACAUGAAUGGGGAUUGGUCAAGAGGGCAGUAAAUUUGAUUGAUGUAGACAGCCAAAGUAGGCAAUUCAGACCCCUAAAAUUCCCUUUAGGACUUGAAUGAUCCUAUUUGGCUGUCUUGGUGAGUCACAACAGUGGGAUGACAGGCAUAUUUUCCCUCCAGUAUGUGGAUAGCCAACUCCAAUACGGUUUUCUCAGCCCGCUUGCAUUUUGAUUCUAUUGGAGACUAAAAGAAGGGGUAAAACUGAUCAUAAAAUAUAUUGUCAUUCUCAAGUUCAAGUAGAUUUUUAAAAUAACUGGAUAACAACCUGAGGGAAAACAGACUUGCACUAUAAACAAAGCCAAAGAAAACAAACCUCCCACUUCCACAACAAUAUAAGGUUGGUGGAAAAAAAAAAUAGGUCAAUUUAACACCCAUUUGUAUCUGUAAGCUGUGAUAGAAAGGACACGUCUAUGAGUUCCUUUGUGGCUCAGUGGAUUGUGAACCUGACCAGCAUCCACGAGGAUGUGGGUUUGAUCUCUGGCCUUGCUCGGUGGUUAAGGACCUGGUGUUGCUGUAAGCUGCAGUGUAGGUUGCAGAUGCCUCUUGGAUCCAGUGUUGCUUUGGCUAUGGUGUAGGCUGGCAGCUGCAGCUCCAAUUCAACUCCUAGCCACAGAUGUGGCCCUAAAAUGAAGGAAAAAAUAAAAGAAAGUACACUUCUAGUCUUUUUGUAUGAUGGGACCACAAAAGAUUACAAUCCUUGGAACUGUCUUGGUAGAAAACUGGGUACUAUUAGGGAGUCACUGAGGGUGAAACUAGCCCAGAACAAUAAAUGUCUUUUAUGUUUUAAUGAUAACGAAACUCAAGUCUGAUUUAGACAUGCAAGGAAGUAGCCCUGCCAUACCAUCCAGGUCCAUCCCCCUCUUUCUUUUCUUUCCUCAUUUUCACUUCACUUCUCCUACUUAAAGUUGGUAGACAUUUGAAUGGAAUAACAAAAGGAGAAUGGUUUGAUUUUUUUUUAUAACUGUGUGAAUUUAAGCAUGCCUGUUUUAGAACAUCUGGGGGUACUGCAGACCAUUUGUUUCUCCCAUAUUUGAAAGACUUCUGUAAUUCUCACAGAGAGGCAGCAAAACUCUAAAACUGAAAUAGAUUUGCUCCUAAAGAUACAUGGACAGUAACUGACAAAAAUUUUGUCAACUUUCUGGAGCUGAAAUCUUUAGUAAUUCUUGAAUGAAAACAAAUGCCUAGUCAUAUUUAAAUAGCAAAUUUUCUGUUACCUUUGAUGGUAAGCUGUGCUGCUCCCUUCUCCCAGAAUCAACAUCUCUAUUUGAAAGUCCAGUGUUUUAAACUUACAAGGAAUUGCUUUCCUCUGUUCAAGAAGCUGUAUUAAAAUAUGUCCUCUAUAUUUAUUUUGUUCUUAUUUGUCUUUUCUAGCUCUGUGUCUCAAAGGGAGUUUUAAUAGAGUCUAGUAAAAUGUCCACAGUAUAGGAUGAAAACUAGUGCAAAUAUUUACAACAGUUAAUUAAAAUGGCACUGUCUAAAGUAACUAUUAUAUCUAAAGAUAGACAAAUAACUAUUUUCACUUAUAGCUGAACACAGACCCCCUGUUUCAGUGUUAUGCAUUGCCUGAUUGAUUUAGGUUUAUAAACUGCCAAGCACUUCCAAGAAAUGGAGUGUAUUACUUGCAAACAACAGAGAGAAGAAAGGAAAAAUAGAUACCUAUAAAGGAUCACUUAUCCCACGUUCCUAUAUGAUUUGAAGCGUCAAUUCUUUGCAUAUGAAAAAGUUAAUGGAAUUAUUUUCCUUUUAAAAUAAGUUGCACAGCUCCAUUUGAUACUCAGUAAUUUGACAACCAUCCAGAUCAGUAUUUUUAAAGCAGAAAAUAAGGUGAAGGAGAAAUAUUUGCUGUGCAUUUAGCCGCAAAAGUUAGGGCCUGGUAUUUAGCCAAAGAUCUUGGCCAAAUUUAUCCUAUAGGAUUUCAACCUAGGCAAACCUGAGGAAACUAGGCAUGUAGCUGAAGCAUCUGGAGAAAAAGUGAAAUAAGUCAUUCAGUUGAUUUAGGUUAGUGAGAUUCAUGAUGAUAAGUAUUUUUAGUGGGUCUCAGCUCCUUAGGAGUCUAAUUUUUCCCUUGAAUUCUAUACUCAGGUAUACAACCACCUAUGCUGUGUUUUCAUUAUAUGGUCUGAUAAGCACCUCAAAUUUAAUAUAUCCAAAAUUUAACUAAUUUCCUUCUGACCCCAAACUGCCCAUUACAUUAUUUUCUCAGUGAAUGGAAAAUUUAUCCUUCCAUUAAUUUGGACCUUGAAAUCACCUUUGUCUCUUUGGCUCACUUUCCAUGCUUAAUCUAUCAGAAAAGGUAGUCUUUACCUUCAAAGCAUUUCCAAAAUCUUUCACUACUUCCACUGUUUCCACCUGCUUCAAAAGAAAAGAAACAAAUUGGCACUUAGGACAGGACAGUCUCACUGAAGUGGUUUUUGUAAUAAUUUGUAAUAAUGGUAAAAACAGUAGGAAGCUGAACAGCUGAAAUCUCUCCUGUAGGCCGGGCACCGUGCUGAGCUGUGGAGAGACAGGGGUGAAGCAGACAGAUAGGCUGCCCACCUUCAUAGAGGGUAUCAUCUCAAAUAGAGAACAGGAGUUCCCAUCAUGGCUCAGUAGAAAUGAAUCUGAUUAGCAUCCAUAAG